AUGUCUUCAAUUACCAUCUUACCACCUACAACAACAUCAUACUCAUCAGCAGCAUCAUCAAAUCUUCCCAACAUCAACAUUCCACCUCUUCGACCAUCAUACUUAUCAUCAAACAUUCCAUCACCAAAUAUUCCACCAACAUACCACCAUUUAGUCCAACAAAUUCCACGAAAACCAUCUCUUUACGGUGCUGGUCAACGAAAAUUUAAUCAUUUCAAGAGAUUUCAAACAGGAACAACAACAACAUUUAAUGGAUAUACAAAUAUUACCGGCUUUCCUCAAACCAUCAUCCCACCUCGACCAGCACCACGUCGUCAUCCACCACCAACAUCAUCAUCACCCUAUUACCACCAACAUAAUCAUCAUCCACACCACCAAUAUUAUAACCACCAUCAUUAUCCUCAUCAAAGUUUCAACAUUAACACCAACAACUUACCAUCAUUAUUAUCCAUCAACCCCUUCCAUUUACCACCACGCCACCAUACACGCACCUACCACCAAGCCCAACAAUUUCAUCCAAAUCAUCAACAACAUUUUCCACGAUCAUUAUCACGUUCCCGCUUCCAUUUAUUAUCACAAUUACCAUCACGAUCCCGCUCACGUUCCCAUUCAAAUUAUCGUCCAACACCACUACCCAUCAAACCCCGUCGAGUCCACCAACAACAACAUCAACAGAAAUUUAAUCGUCCUCAUUAUCAUCAACAACAUCAUCGAAAUUAUCACCAUUCACCAACACCAAAUUCAAAUAUUAUUUAUAAUGAUAAUAAACGUACAUUAAAUGGAAUUAUCUUAUCUGAUUCAAUGUGUUCCCGGCUUCGAAUGUAUGCCAUUAAAAAAUUACCUGAUUAUAAUGUAGAAUUAAGUUAUGAAUCCGGAUGUGAUAUUUAUGGUAUGAUUAACUGGCUCAAAACUCCGGAAGGUCAAAAUACGCGAUGUUGUGAGCUCAUAAGUUUUAUUCGACAGUCAUUCCCUGGCAACCGAGCCAUUGGUUGGUUAGCUUUGUCACCACGAUGGAAACCAACGAGAUUCGUCUCCGCGGCCAACAUCGGACAAAUGCAUAGUCAAUUUAAUGAGCGUCUUCGGAUCUUAUCCCAGCAAUGGGAUUUUGAUGUUGUUGACGCGCGCUUAGGACUUGUGGAUAUGCGUGUAGAGGAUGGGCUACAUCCAUCCAAUACCACUGGCAAAUGGAAAUAUGAAGGAGCACUUCGUGAAUGGUUCUCUUCACGUGCUGUCGCACGUUUUUCUUCUUCUUAUUUUCAGCGUCGUCGAUAUCAAACAACACCAACUACACCCACGACGACAACAACAUUAUAUCCCAACAACAAUUACAAUAAUAAUAAUCAAAUACAACGGCAAACCCAAUAUCGCCGAAAUUAUUAUCAACAACAACAGCAACAAAAUUAUAUAAGAACUAAAGAACAAUUUUCCCGAGAUAAUCCUCCACCCAAAGAGAUAGAAGAAGAAAAAGAAAAACUAUUUUUAGCAGCUAAUUUAUAUUAUCAGCAAAGACAUUAUGAAGAAGAGAAUAAGAAAUGGAAAAUUUAUGAAAAAGUAGCUAGUAAAAAAGAAAUAGAAACAGAAAAAGAUGGAGAUGAUAUUAUAAUGAUUGACACAGAAAAUAUACCACAAGCAAGACCAUUUAGAGAAAGAUAUUCGGCGAUAUUGAAUAUGACUGUCACCGAUACGGACAGUCAAAGUAACGAAAAUAGUAACAUCGAGUACAGAGAAGAAGCUAGUAAUAGUAAUAAUAGUGAGUCAGAUAAUGAAGAUGAAAAAAAGAAAAGAAAAUUAAGGGAUACAAGUCUUUCACCAACAUCGAAAGACAGAACAACAACAACAACAACAACUAAAGAGAAUAGCAUAAGAAAGAAGAAAAUAACAUCAAAAAAGAAAAAGAAAACAACAAUAGAAAAUGAUCCACGAGCACCGGCAGGUAGUCCAAUAUUAUUAGUCACAGAGAAUAGUAAUAAAGAUAAAGAUAAAGAAAAUAAAGCAAUAAGACAAGAUACUCCGAUAGAUACAAGUCUCAAAGGACCGAGACCAUUCGCACGGGUAUUUAAACCACCUGUACCCUCACAGAGAUAUCAACAACAACAGGAUAUUGUUAUUGAAUCUAAUACAAAUGAAUUGCCGAAAACACCACCAGGCCUAGUGGAACCACCUGUACUCAGUCCAAGACAGAGUACACCAAAAACACCUAUUCCACUUCCACAACGAUUUGUUCACAGUCCAAAGAUUGUAACAACAAAUGAUGACUAUGAGAUACAGGAUGCUCAAGUUGAAACAUCAAAUUCUAGUAUAAGAAUAGAAAAUAAAGAGGAUCACCAUAUGGAACAAGAUCAACAUAUGGAAAUAAAUAAAGAUAUAUACGUACCAUCAGUCGUAUCGAAAGAUAUAGAUUUUAAUCAUUUCAAUUUAUUUAAUUUUCCGAUCAUACCGAUAGAAAAAGAAAAUGAAACAACAAGAAAAGGAGUUAGAAGAACUUAUGAAACAGUUUAA